CGCUACCAGCAGGGAGGCUGUUUUGAAGAACACCCGAGAGACAGCUCAGGCGAUCAAAAUGAUGGAGUUGAACAAGGCGAAGAGAUACCUCGAGGAUGUCAUCGCCCACAAGCAAGCCGUUCCAUUCCGCCGGUUUUGCGGUGGUGUUGGCCGUACCGCUCAGGCGAAGAACAAGGGUCAGACCAACGGGCAGGCUAGAUGGCCCGCGAAGUCUGCCAAUUUCCUGCUGGGACUCCUGAAGAAUGCCGAGAGUAACGCUGAGGUGAAGGGUCUCGAUGUCGACACACUUUUCAUCUCCCACAUUCAGGUCAACAAGGCACAUAAGCAGAGGAGGAGGACGUAUCGUGCUCACGGCCGUAUCAAUCCCUACAUGUCAUCACUAUGCCACAUCGAGCUUAUUCUGUCUGAGAGGGAGGCACCUGUGAAGAAGAGGUUGAUCCCGAGCCUACCGCCACGAAGAAGCGAAAGGGACCUGCCCGCAUCCGCAGUGGAGCCACGGCGUAGUAGCCCUUCGCUGAUGGCUCUUGCGAGGAAGUACAAUCAGGAGAAGAUGAUUUGCCGCAAGUGCUAUGCAAGGCUGCAUCCGCGAGCGGUGAACUGUAGGAAGAAGAAGUGUAGCCACAGCAACCAGCUGCGGCCAAAGAAGAAGAUCAAGUGAGAGAUGCUGCUCCCUUUCGGUGUGAUAGUCUUUGUGUUCGUGCCAUUUCGAGUGUCUUUGGCUCUCGAGUGCCGAAGCAGC